GAAAAAGUAAAAUUAUCCGCAGCAUGUUGUGCGCGUACGAAGAUGUUCCAUAUUCCACUCGAGUAUUUGAUAUUGUUCUCCGUUGUUAUAGCGCAACUCUCUCUACCUUGCUUCUCUUUACUAAACUUCUCUUUCUUUCUCCAAUCAACUUUCUCUUCCCCCUAUUCUUUCCUUUCCAAUUAUUCUUUACUUUACUUUACUUCAUUUAUACCUACGCACACAAACUUUUCUCUUUUUUUCUUCUGAGAACAUAUAAUGAAGCCUUUUGAUUCUGUAACUGGUGUUGUGUUUCCGGGUCCAAAGAAUAGGUUGUUCCUUUGGACAUUCCUAGUUAUAGUUUCUUUGAUUUCGGCUGCUUAUUUCCUUGGUAAUGCAUUCUCUGCAAAGCUGGAGUACAAACAAAGAUUGGCACGAUGGGGACUCAUUUAUUCAAUGCCGCCGGAUACAAAUUCUAAUGCAUGCAAGGUACAAUGCCGUCCUUCUGGUACUCAACCACUGCCUCAAGGAAUUCUUGCUACAACUUCUAACUUGGAAACACGCCCCUUAUGGGACUCCCCUGUAAAUAAUAAUCUAAGAAUUUCAACCCGCCCAUUGAAUUUGUUGGCUAUGGCAGUUGGAGUUAAGCAGAAAGAAGUUGUUGAUAAAAUCGUCAAAAAGUUCCCGUCAACUGAUUUUGUUGUCAUGCUUUUUCACUAUGAUGGUUUUGUGGAUGGAUGGAAGAACUUAACUUGGAGUAAUCGUGCCAUACAUGUGUCUGCUAUAAAUCAAACAAAAUGGUGGUUCGCAAAACGGUUUUUGCAUCCAGAUAUAGUUGCCGACUACAAUUAUAUAUUUCUUUGGGAUGAGGACCUUCUUGUCGACAAUUUUAACCCGAAAAGGUAUUUAUCUAUUAUUAAAGAAGAAGGACUAGAGAUAUCACAGCCUGCACUGGAUCGUGGUAAAUCAGAAAUUCAUCAUCCACUGACAGCACAUAUAGCAGGAUCAAAAGUGCACAGAAGGUAUUAUAAGUUAAAAGGUAGUGGAAGGUGUGAUGACAGUAGCACUGCUCCUCCUUGCUUAGGGUGGGUGGAAAUGAUGGCACCAGUGUUUUCUAAAAAAUCUUGGCAAUGCGUGUGGCAUAUGAUCCAGAAUGACUUAAUCCACGCAUGGGGACUAGAUAGACAGCUUGGUUAUUGUGCACAGGGUGAUCGUAUGAGAAAUGUUGGUGUGGUGGAUUCUGAGUACAUAGUUCAUCUUGGUCUUCCCACUCUUGGGGGAUCUUCAUCAAAUGGCAAUGAGAAUUCAUCAAAUUCCCAUAGAGAUAGUGAUAGAGCUAAAGUGAGGAUGCAGUCAUACAUUGAAAUGCAGGUUUUUGGUAAAAGAUGGAAAGAUGCAGCAAAGAAGGACCAAUGUUGGAUUGAUCCAUAUCAACAACAGGCAAAUCAGACUAGUCAUUAAUUAGUGACCAAAGUCUCCUACACCAUAUCAGAUUUUGAUGAAUAAAACGCAUGAUAUGAUUUAGUCAGAUACUUUGAUUUGAUGUCUCAAUGAUUUUACUGGAACAUUACCUUCUUUUUAUGAUCAAGUCAUUCAUUCCCUUAUAUAUUGGUGUACAUAAGGGUGGUAUACUAUAGAGGUGUUAAUAGGACUCAGAAAAGGGUUAGAUCUUAGUUUAGUUUUCUUUUGAAGGUCAAUGUAAAUAGGUUGGUUACAUGGCUGAACAAAUGUUAUUAUUUGGAUUCAGAUGAUUAAAAUUUUAUCAGCUCUAAAUAUUUCGGUUGAAAUGGUGUUA